CAGACAGUCACUCAGUGCAAUCUAACUUGAGAGCAUUAAUUGGAAUUUAAAAAAAAAGAAAGUCAACUACUUUUUGACUUGAACCUCAACGAAAAGGGAUACAUAUUUGCAGGACGUCCUUUUCAUCCAAGUAACUCUUAUUUUGAAGGAAUCUUCUGCUUUUAAGCUUUGCCUUUGAGAAAAGAAAUGAUGCUGCGUGGCAUCUUCCUGCUGUUGAUGCUCUGGAGUUGUGAAGGUGCAAUUUUUGCAGAGAGUCGUGAUGACAACAGCGUUUAUGACUUAUUCGAUCUGGUGCGGGUAGACAAGAAGCAUAACGGCGUCACUCUGGUCAAAGGAGCCGACCCGUACAGCCCGGCGUACAAAGUUAUGAACGCAGACCUGAUCCCACCGGUCCCCGACAACUCCUUCGGGGACCUUAUUGACUCCAUCCAGUCAGAAAGGGGCUUCAUCCUCCUGGUCAACCUGAAGCAGUCCAAAAGAAACAGAGGAAGCCUCUUGAUGGUCGAGAGGAAAGACGGCUCCGGUCCCGUGUUGGAGAUCAUCUCCAACGGCAAAGCCAACACUUUGGAUGUCUCCUACUCCACCGGUGACCAGCAGCAGCUGGUGUCCAUCGAGGAGGCCUACUUAGCUACGGGACACUGGAAGAACAUCACGCUGUUCUUCCAGGAAGACCGUGUGAAACUCUAUGUGGGCUGUGAGGAAAUCAACGUGUCGGAAAUGGACGAAACGAUCCAGAAAGUGUUGUCUCACGAGAUGGCGGACAUCGCCAGGCUUAGGAUUGGGAAAGGAGCAACUCGAGAUAAAUUUAUGGGAGUGCUUCAGAAUGUGAGAUUCGUCUUUGGGACCUCACUAGAGACUGUCUUGAGAAAUAAAGGAUGCCAAAACGGAGCUGCCUUGACUGAUGUCCUGACUCUGGGAAACCCAGUCAAUGGCUCCAGCCCUGCCAUCAGGACCGACUACACUGGCCACAAAAGUAAAGAUUUCCAUUCAUUCUGCGGCCUCACCUGCGAAGACGUCGCCGGGCUGUUCAAGGAGGUGCGUGGCCUCGGUAUGGUGGUGAAGCACGUGACCAACAAGCUGCGUGAAGUGACUGAGGUCACCACCAAGAUUCGAGAUGAAAUGGAGAUGCAAAGCAGUGUUUGCAUCCACAAUGGAAUUAAGUACAACGACAGAGACGAGUGGACCGUGGACGACUGCACUGAGUGUACCUGCCAGAACUCUGCCACCGUGUGUCGAAAGAUCUCCUGCCCACUGAUUCCCUGCGCCAACGGCACUGUGCCAGAGGGAGAAUGCUGCCCCCGUUGCGGAAAUCCGAGAGACUCCGCGGAGGAUGACUGGUCCCCCUGGUCUCAGUGGACCCGUUGCUCGGUGACUUGUGGUCGGGGCAUCCAGCAGCGUGGACGCUCUUGCGAUCGCAUCAACAGCAACUGCGAGGGCACCUCAGUCCAAACCCGCGACUGCUUCCCCCAAGAAUGUGACAAACGCUUCAAACAAGACGGCGGUUGGAGCCAUUGGUCUCCCUGGUCUUCAUGCUCCGUAAGCUGUGGAGAGGGGGUCAUCACUCGCAUACGUCUCUGCAACUCUCCGACACCCCAGAUGGGUGGCUUGAACUGCCAAGGAGAGGGACGCCAAACUGAAAUCUGCCAAAAGUCACCUUGUCCAAUCGAUGGAGGUUGGGGACCUUGGUCACCGUGGGACACGUGCACUGUUACAUGCAACGGAGGCAUCCAGAACCGCAAACGUCUCUGUUCUGAUCCUACUCCCAAAUUCGGUGGCAAAGACUGUGUUGGCGAAUCCACCAUGUCUCAAGUGUGCAACAAACAGGAUUGUCCCAUUGACGGUUGCCUCUCCAACCCAUGCUUCCCUGGCUCAAAGUGCAUCAGCUUCCCAGAUGGAUCGUUCAAAUGUGGCACGUGUCCUCUCGGCUACAACGGCGACGGCAUCACCUGCAAAGACAUUGACGAGUGCAAAGAGGUCCCCGAUGCUUGCUACACACACAAUGGAGUCCAUCGAUGCGAGAACACGGAGCCAGGUUACAACUGCCAACCGUGCCCCGCUCGUUACUCUGGCUCCCAGCCCUUCGGAAGGGGAGUGGAGCAAGCUACUGCGAAAAAACAGGUUUGCAAACCACGAAACCCUUGCCGAGACGGUAGCCACAACUGCAACAAGAACGCCAACUGCAUUUACUUGGGCGUCUUUUCCGAGUCCAUGUUCCGCUGCGAGUGCAAGCCAGGGUAUGCUGGCAAUGGCCAUAUUUGUGGAGAGGAUACUGAUUUGGAUGGUUGGCCCAACUCUGAUCUGUUAUGUGUGGCAAACGCUACCUACCACUGCAAGAAGGAUAACUGCCCAAACCUUCCUAAUUCUGGUCAGGAAGAUCAUGACAAGGACGGACUUGGUGAUGAAUGUGACCACGAUGAUGACAAUGAUGGUAUCCCUGAUGAUAGGGACAACUGCCCAAGAGUGUACAACCCCGCUCAGUAUGAUGCGGACAGGGACGAUGUCGGUGACAGCUGUGACAACUGUAUUUUUGAAUCAAACACUGACCAGACCGACACCGACAAUAACGGCGAAGGGGAUGCCUGCGCCGUGGACAUUGACGGUGAUGGUAUUCUGAAUGAGAAUGACAACUGCCCAUAUGUUUACAACGUCGACCAAAGGGAUACAGACCGGGACGGGGUGGGAGACCACUGCGAUAACUGCCCUCUCGAGCAUAACCCCGAUCAGACCGACUCGGACUCUGAUCUCGUGGGAGAUAAGUGUGACAACAACCAGGACAUUGACGAGGAUGGCCACCAGAAUAAUUUGGACAACUGUCCUUACAUACCCAAUGCCAACCAAGCAGACCACGACAAGGAUGGCAAGGGCGACGCCUGCGACCACGAUGAUGACAACGACGGUAUUCCCGAUGACAAAGACAAUUGCAGGCUGGCCUUUAACCCUGAUCAGUUGGAUUCUGAUGGCGAUGGCCGAGGUGACGUCUGCAAAGACGAUUUCGACCAAGACAACGUCCUGGAUAUUUAUGAUGUUUGCCCAGAGAACUUUGCCAUCAGUGAAACAGACUUCCGACGAUUCCAGAUGGUUCCCCUGGACCCUAAAGGCACCUCGCAGAUUGAUCCCAACUGGGUGGUCAGACAUCAGGGCAAGGAAUUAGUACAGACCGUCAACUGCGAUCCGGGCAUCGCCGUCGGUUUUGACGAGUUCAGCGCCGUCGACUUCAGCGGAACGUUCUUCGUCAACACGGAUCGGGAUGACGACUACGCCGGUUUUGUCUUCGGCUACCAAUCAAGCUCUCGAUUCUACACGGUCAUGUGGAAGCAGAUCACACAGACCUAUUGGUCUAAUGUUCCCACGAGAGCUCAAGGUUACUCGGGCCUGUCCAUCAAAGUGGUUAACUCCACCACUGGACCUGGCGAGCACCUGAGGAAUGCACUGUGGCAUACCGGAGACACACCAGGACAGGUCCGUACUCUGUGGCACGACCCUAAGAACAUCGGCUGGAAAGACUUCACUGCCUACAGAUGGCACCUGAUCCAUAGACCAAAGACUGGACUUAUUAGAGUGGUGAUGUACGAGGGCAAGAGAAUCAUGGCUGACUCCGGAAACAUCUUUGACAAAACCUAUGCUGGAGGGCGACUAGGGUUGUACGUCUUCUCGCAGGAGAUGGUUUACUUCUCAGACCUGAAAUACGAAUGUCGAGAUUCAUAAUGCAAUUAAGACACAUCCUGGCGGAAGGACGUCUCCUAAUUCGACGAUUCAAGAAUGAUGCGGAAGAGUGGUAGCGUGAGGUAACGUGACCUCAGGACAUGAAAGCCAAAUGAGAGUUCAAUGAUAUUUCUGCAUCAAAUUCAAAUUACGAGCGCAGCUCUGCUCAAAUUUGGCCACUUCCUUUGCAUCCGCAAAGAGGGGGCCACAUUUAUCGCUUUGCACACCUGAACUUUUCUGGUAUCCUUCUGUGGAGGAAGGGUCGUUUUCUUUACAUCCUCGAGCAUUAACGUACAUCUGCUGUGGACUCUUUAUCAACUCGUUUUGAGGAAAGCAGUAGGAGAACUUUCUUUUGCGGGGGAGAUGUUCCCCUUGAAGGAGCCAUUGAGGGACCACGGACAGUUUGGAAUGACUAUUAGGAUCAAAGAUUGUGUGGUUUGAGUGAAUGUGCGCAUGUAUUGGAUCCCCCAAAAAUGUCAGGAAAAGGCCAUUCCGUUCAGUCACCCAUUCAAAGUUACUAAUAUUAAAGGUCGUCUACAUAGAGAUGGCCAAAAAGUAGAACUUCUCAGGUUAAGAGCACAAAAAGGAGAGCACAGGGCCCAAAGCAAGUAUGCUUUGGAAUGUUGAUAUAUAGUCUAUGAGCUUUUAUGAAGAUUUAAAUAUCGGGGACGGACGUAAUUAUAAAUUGAGCUUUACCAUUUCAGUCGAAUGUUUAGGCAAAAUAAAGUGCACUGAUGCAACUAGAAAAGGAAUGACGUCGGCUAUAAGGGGCAGAGUUACAACCACCCUAUAGCAAUGUCUUCAGGGAGCACUAUUCUACCCGGUAACGUAAAACAGGAACAGGAAAAAAAUAUUUAUAUUAGUCCAGAGUGCGUUGAAACCACAUUCCGUCAAUAGCGAGAGCUAUACAGGUAGUCCUUGGGUUACGAACGAGUUACGAUCCUACGCUGGCAACGUAACCCGAAUUUCCUCGUGAAUGGGAUUUAACCCUUAAAGUAUUUUAUUUUGUUUAAUGAUGGACGAUUCACUGCCCUGUGGUGGCAGCUUUGGCCUUGUAUGACUGAAGAGCAGAUUAAGAUGUCUAACAUGGGCAAAUGAUAGCUGCGUUUGGCUCACAUCAGGCUGUAAGUUGUUUCCGCUAAUAUGUUUGUGUGUAUGCAUUUGUAAUUAGCUAAUAUAUGUUUGUGUAUGCAUUUGUAAUUAACUUUAGAGCUACAGUUUGUGAAGUUAUGUGUGAGCCAUUCUUUUAUGAAAAAAAGUAAAUACGUUAGCAUUCGUAGCAAUUAAGCUAGCAGACUUUUGCUUGGCAAAUUAGAAUAAUUUAAUCUACUAAAUUUACAUUUUAAUCAGACAAAUGGACGCCAGUUGUUUUGUGUCAAGUGUUUUAUUGUUAAAAUGUGUGUUGUUUUGAAAAUAGGUGUACCCUAAUUUUCAGACUAUACCCGCUACAUUUUUCCUUCAUUUUGAAUCAUGCGGCUUAUAGUCCAAUGUGGCUUAUUUGUUGAUUUAUUAUUAAUAGGUAACACUUUAUUUGACAGCGGUGUCAUAAGACUGUCAUAAUAAUGACAUGACACUAUCAUGGGCAUUAUUGAAUGCUUAUGACAGAUUUCAUUUCGCGUCAUCCGGCAAAUUAUGUCACUAACUCCAUUUAUGUCUAGAUCGGAUUUUUUACAUCCAUUCAAAAGUGAGAUAAUUUGCCGGAUAACACUAAAUGACAUGUUAUAAGCAUUCAUGAAUGCUCAGGACAGAGACAUGUCAUAAUUUUGAUUGUCUAAUGACAGUCUUAUGGCACCACUGUCAAAUAAAGUGUUACCUAAUACCAUAACUCGCAAUUAAUGAAACAACUGGAGCAGUAACUGAAGACAUCAUUAGCAAAGAAUAUGAAUUUUGAUUGUUAUUUACAAAUGUAGCGCUUUAAUCGAGGACGCCGUAACCAGAGGACUACCUGUAUUUAUUUCCAAUUAUGAGUCAAAUGUUUUUACAACUGAAUUCCUACUCUUUAAGAAAACCAACACUAGACCCUGGCCCAUGUAUGUGUGAGGAAAGCAUGCAUGGUUGGUGUGCCUGAGCUUGCGUGUAUAUUUUUUGACAAAGGAAAACCAAAAUGAUCUCCUUUUAGUACAAAUAUUACCUCAUGAAUGGUUUUUGUAUUGAGGCCAGACAAGCAAAUCACUUUCCUUUUUUAUAAAAAAAAAAAAUGAAUGGCUUCAAUUAGACUAUACUAUCAGGUAUGUGCUGUAUAUAAGAUAUUUUUCUAAGAGAGGGGGAAAAAAGGAAGUCCAAACAGGAAUAAAUAAGGAAAUGUUGUCUUUGUGUAUUUUUCCAGUGCCUUUGUUUUGAUAAAUUAUUAUGAUGUUGGAAGUUAUGUCAUUUGUGUAGAUAUAUGCUAUUUAAAUAAUUUAUCUCGAAGCGUAGCCUGACGGAAACGCUUUUGUCUGUAUAAAUUCAUUUGCACACUGAUAUGAGGAUGUCUUUUUUAUUUUUAUGACGCUUUUCCAUAAACAUUUGUACUAUAGUUUUUACCAAAAAAAAAAAAAAAAAUGCUGUUUAUACUCUUGUGUUAUUUUGUAAUAUGACGAGGAAAAAUAAACGAUACCAGAAGUA